AUGCGUAAUUUGUUUUUCCUCCCGGGAUGUAUUCCCCGCACUCUCGCCGAUGUCAACAAAACCAACCACUCUUUAGAAGAAUCGGUCCAGUUCAGAGAAACAAGAAACCAUUCGUUCAAGAUGCCACCAUCUUCUCAUCAGCAUACCAAUUCCCAGACGUUUUCCAGACCCUCUAUUCUUCCGACGACGACGACGGCCGGCACCGCGGCCGCCUCAUCCAGCAUGUCGACCGCCAAAGCUCGCCAGUACGCCCAUCUCCACUCCCAGCUCGCGCAGCUCAAUGCCCACUUGGCGGACACGGAGAACCUGGUCCGCAUGACCGCUGUCCAGGCUGGUGAUAUGCGUUUCUUGGGUGGGUACAUUGGCGGUUUGUUCAUGGGGGCGGCCAAGGUGUUGGGUGAGGAAGGUGUGAAAACAGACGGCAGCGAGGCAGCGACCAAGAAAGAAUGA